CACCAACUUCUCAUCAAUGGUCACUGGCUAUACGACGUCCUCCCUCUCAACAUGGCCAGUUUAUAAAAGUGAUAUUCACUUAGUUUUCGCGGUCAUUCUUCGACCGUUAGUCGAGCGUUUUACAUGCAUACUCAGGUAGCCGUCCUUGUUGUGGUGGUGAGUUGUCUGCUGGCCUCCGCCGAGGAUGGCGGCAAGGACGAAGGACAGGACGACAAGAAAAAGAGACAAACAAUGAUGAUGAGUCCUGCGGCCAGCAUGAUGAUGAUGGAUCAACUGCACAACUCAUUGGCCGAGUACAGGCAGGAAAUACCCAUAGUGGAGCAGCCGCCCGAUCUCAACGCACAGCAGAUGACAAUGAUGAAGCAGAUGAUGAGCAUGAUGGGCAAGGAGCAAUCCAUGAUGUCAUCGGUUGCCAACAACAUGGCUAUGCUGCAGCAGGCCAAACACAUUGCCAUGAUGCAGCAAAUGGCCAAGUACCACUCCAAAGACUACUCAUCUAUGCUCUACUCUAAAGACAUGGGCAUGGGUUAUGCCAAAGACUACAUGGACUACUCGAUGAUGGACUACCCCAAACAUCGUGACUACCUAUCUAUGAUGGGAUAUGACAAACAUCAUUACCAGCACGACUAUUCGAUGAUGGACAAUAUGAUGGAGCAUGGCAAACAUCACGAUUACGAGAUGGGCUACAUGAAGCAUCAUGAUUACGGCAUGGGAGGAUAUUCGAUGAGACCCAUGGCGUAUGGGUAUCCGGGUGAUUUUGAGCACUACAUGAAGCCUCACCAUGAGUACGGCAUGGGGUUCCCUUACAUGAAGCAUCACGGCGACUUCCCAGCGCCUGUCACUCACACUCAUAUCCACACACACAGCAAAUAUUGUGAUCUUGCAGAUUCCGAUAGCAGUUCCAGUUCCCCAGCCAGUGACAGUCACGGUGGAGAAGAAUAUACCAGUUCCGGUUCCUCAACCAGUAGCAGUUCCGAUCGAGAAACCAGUACCGGUGCCAGUUCCUUAUCCGGUGAUCAAACACGUUCCCGUACAGGUAGAAAAACGGGUUCACGUUCCCGUCGCAGUUCCGGUGCCGAUUCAUCUACCGAUGAGCCACGGGGGGGCACCCCUUCCCCCGCACACUCUCACCCCCACACUGCAAAGCCCUCACGGCCAAGACGCGACCUUAGCAUUGCAACAUUCUUCAAUUUUGUCAAGUUCUUUUCCUUCUUCGCACCUAGAGACUUCCCCUCAUGGAUUGCUGCAGCAUUCAAGUUUAUACUCUAGCGACGGCCCGGCACACUGGUGACAUAUCUUCUACUAGACUUUCACCAGGUGAUAACAUUCUAGUCCUUCUUGCAAAAAAAUCCAGCAGACAAUGAAAGCCUGCUGGAGGAGCGCGGGAUACUGACAUUUUGCAAUGCCCACGUGAGUCUAAGACUUGUGCGUCUUGGUUAUGCUGCUGGUCGCUUGUUAUUCGAUCAACAGUAUGAAAAGAUUCACUCAGCUUCACUGCAAAGAUUGAAAGGAUAAAAAGAUUCACUCAGCAGAAGUGCAAGUGAAAGAGAACAUGGAGAGUUUGGGGACAAAGAAUUUAACACAUAGGCCUGGUUGCAUAAAAGCUGAUUAAAUUUUAAUCUUGAUUAAUUUCACGAGAACCAUUCAGAGAAGCCUUCUCUGAUUGGUUCUCGUGAAAUUAAUAGCAUUUUAAAGCUUCCAGAAGCGUUGGCGCACAAAAUUCGUAGAUUGAGAGGAGAUCAAUGUUGAGAAGUGGAGUAGAGCUGAAUAGUCAAAUGUAUCUAACCAAAGCUCUACAAUAUUGAAAAGUUGACAAAUUUAAAUUGUAUUAUAAACUCAUUUAAAAGUUAUAGGAUCAAUAAAUUUCAUAUAUAGCAAUGUGAUUCAUCACACUGAGGUUGGCUCAUUAAAUAUAAAUAUAAAGCAAAUUGUCUGUAACGUAAUCAAGAAUUUAUUGUAAUAUAUGAUCCACUGAAAUGGAAUAAUAAACAAUGCAGAAGAAUAAAUGGUUAAUUCAAGUGUGUGGUCUAUUCAAGAUUCAAGAGUAAUAUUGAAUAAUAUUUUAACAUGAAUUUCAUAAUAUAAGAGUGAGUAUUAUUUAAGCAAUGUAAAAGAUUAAUAAAAAAUUGUUUCAAUUCGUACAGUAUAUCUUUACUCCUCGCUGUUAACAGUAGUGAACAUAAUAUUCAUACGUGAAGAAGUAUGUUUGGUAGAAUAAUAUUACUCAUCCCCAAUGAAGAAUUCGAUUACAUUAUUUUUCAUGAUAGAAUAACUUGAUAAGAUAUUAUGAGUUUUUAGUAAGUUCUACCCAAUCUCCAGGUUUCGUCUUUCACUGAACAGAUGCACAUUUGCCGUAUUUGGAAUGUGAAUUGACGCCUUUUAGUAUGAUAUACACUCGCUAUAUAAUAGGCUACGUUAGUAAUAAUACUAAAAAUCAACGAAGAGGAUAAGAAACAGAAAUAGGCCUACAAAUAAUUCAAUAUUUUAUUGAUGUUGAAGAUAGAUAUCUAUUGGUACCUAUUUAUCAUAAGGAGAUCAUCUUGGAAUAUUCAUGAAAAUUAAAAUAUUAUUUCUUAUUUAAAAAAACAGUGAAGUUCAUUAUUCAUAUUUCAGUAAGUCGAUCAUGGACUUGCUAUUCAAGAAAUAUAAAGCGGUAUUUUGUUUCAAAAAAGACUAAACUUUGAGAAGAGUAGAAGAAUAGAAAAUCUCUAACUUACGAAUAAGGCAGGAAAUAAGAUUCAGAUUGUGAGUUGUGAGUCAUUAUACUGAGUAAUCGACAAUAUAUGGUGGAUAGUAAGCCUUGUUCUCAAAUAUAUUCGAGUUUGUGCUAUAUUUGCUAAUGAUUUUAAUAUGAAUGCUUCUGUAUUGUGUAUGAAAACAGUUUAGUGAUAUAGAGACACACAUUUUAACAGACACAAAGAACACUUAACUCUGUUGUAACUUUUUUAAAUAAGGGACUACGAUUCAACAAAAUUCGAAAAACAUGAUGUUUCAACUAAAUAUUGAAAAGUAGCUUAGCAUGGAUAAGCUACUUAAUUUGACAUUUGAGCCGCCAGACCUUUCUAAAUAGUUUGAAUCUUCUCAAUGCAGAGCUCUGAGACACACAUUAUACAGUUAAUUUGUCGUCAUUAAACUUAAUCUCCACUAUAUGAAUUCUUCUACUACUGUCUGUUAAUACUGUACUAUACGAAGUUUUCUACUACUUUUUUAUAUUCAUAACCCUUUUUUAUAUCUUUUACUACUGUCUAUAUUUGCUAUCUAAUUCCUCUAGAGCUACCUAUUUUCCAUUACUGUUAAUCUUCCUCUAAUGUUUAUCUUCUAUUACUCUCUGCAGUCUUUUACUUCUCACACUGAAUACAAAAUUUAUUCUUAUUGCAAAACUGUUGUCAUGAUUAUUGGAUAAAUAAAUGAUGAAUAAUAAAAAAAAACCAACACACAAGCCAAUAGUGAAAAUUAUACAUAAAUAGUUUGGCAGCUAUAGAGUCAAACAAUAAAACUAGUUUGUUGUAUUUUAGACACAGUGUAUUAUUAUUAUUAUAAGUGAGUUUUUAUAUAGUGUUUCUUUACGGAAAACAAAAUCAAAAAA